AUGUGGAAGACCUUGAAAAUAGUGGAAGAUCCCAUCCACCCACGGUUGGACAAUAUGACCGAGAAGCCAGUGAUCGGCCCCACUCUUCCCCCGGGCUUGAAGAAGGAUGACCUUGUAAGUCUUGCCAUGCCCUCUGUGGAAGACAGCUAUGGCCCUCCUCUGCCCCCCUCCAUGCUCUCGAGUCAGGCAGAUUCACACGAUAAGGGGAUCAGUGUUGCUGAAAAUAGGAUGAGCGAAGACAGCAGUCCAGAUUCAGGAUCUGAUGAUGAGGUGAUAGGUCCAUUGCCUUCUGAUGCAUCCAAAAGUGGCCUGGACCAAGCUCGUGAGGGAGUGGAGAGGAGAGCUUUCCACAUGCACCAAAAAUUGACUUGUGAAGAAGGUGGAAAGAAGAAGACAAAGCAUGACAAGAAAUACUUUGAAGAGAAAAGGGCUGCAAUUCGAGAUGCCAAGCUGGAGGAACUGAUUGAGAAGCAUGGUAAGAAGAAGAAAAAGAAGAAGUCUCUUAUGGAAAUGCAUGAAGAGAGCCUGAAGAAGAAGAAGAAAAAGGAUAAAAAUGGGAAAGAGAAGAAACCAGAGCGGAGAGAGUUCGACCGUGAUGUUGACCUGAAGAUCUCAAAGAUGGAUGAAGCCGCCCGCCGCUCCUUCGUCAAAAAAUCUCAAGAACUCAACUCCCGUUUUGGUGGUGGAAGCCAAAAGUACUUGUAAAAUUAAGGAUUUGCAGUCUUUCCUCCCUUUUUGUCGUGCAGAUGGCCCAGUUUCCUACAGACAUAUAUGACUAUGUCAAAAAUAUUCUGAGCUCAUGCACAAUUGUGAUUGGGUGACCUCUCAGUUGUGAUUCUGACUCCCCCCCACGCCCCA